CUACACUUUUCUUAUCUCCUAAAAUAAAAGAGUAAAUAUGGCAGGCUCAGCAUUGAAAAGGUUGAUGGCAGAGUAUAAACAGCUUACACUAAAUCCACCCGAGGGAAUAAUUGCUGGUCCAUUAGAUGAAGAAAAUUUCUUUGAGUGGGAAGCAUAUAUAAUGGGCCCUGAAGGUACUUGUUUUGAAGGUGGUGUGUUUCCUUCACGUCUUACGUUUCCACCAGAUUAUCCACUGAGUCCCCCAAAAAUGAAAUUUACUUGUGAUUUAUUUCACCCAAACAUAUAUCCAGAUGGAAGGGUUUGCAUCUCUAUUCUUCAUGCACCUGGAGAUGACCCAAUGGGAUAUGAAACCAGCGCUGAACGAUGGAGCCCGGUUCAGAGUGUAGAGAAAAUCCUUCUCUCGGUAGUCAGUAUGCUAGCAGAACCUAAUGAUGAAAGUGCUGCAAAUGUAGAUGCAGCAAAAACAUGGAGAGAUAACCAAGAAAAAUUCACAGAAAUAGCCCACAGAACAGUCCGUCAGUCACUGGGGUUAUAGUUUUAUGUGUGUGUUGUUUAUGUAGCCAUUCUGAUGUCAAGUUUUGAAAUUGAUAUACAUGUAUCUGUGAUCCCCUACAUGCCUCGGUAUGGAUUUAUUAUUGUGUAUCAGAAAGACGUCUUUAACUGUAUAUUUAACAUUGUAUGAUCUUGUGUAUCUGCAUUGUGAAUUUUACUUGCAUGUAAGUCAUACAUUCAAACCCUUAAAACCGAGGCAGGUAAUCUUUUAAGAUGCCAUUUUAGCGGUGACAAUGUGCUGUUCUGGGUUCCAUUGUUCAGUUAGGUACAGCACUGUGUAUAUACUUGUGCAUUGCCAUAAUUGUAUUUUGUUUAAAAUGGUGGUUGACGUACAUUUGUUUUGGGGUUUUAUAUGUGCAAUAACUGUGGAACAUGUGGUGAUAUUGUUCUGAUGUAAUUAUGUACAUAUAGUAAUACAUUAAACUGUGGGAUUUGUUAAUCAUGAAUUCAUAGUAUUUAAUAGUAAGUUUUAAAAAACCUGUAUUGUAAUUUCAUCUGAAUCUGGAGAACAUAUGAGGAAAAUAAAUGUACCUAUGAACAUA